AGUUGCCGUUUAGAGCCUCAAUUAGAAACGUAAUACUCGAGCCUUACAAAAACAACUCUAUCUAAGAUUACGGUACAGAAAUGUCUCGAGCCGGAGGGAAAUUAAAGUCGAUGAGAAAAGCUGUCGCGAAAGUGGAUCAUUCAUCGAAACUGAAGACCGAUAUACCGGCUGGUAUGGCAAUGCCCAGUCCGCCGCUAGGACCUGUCCUUGGACAGCGGAACAUAAACAUUGCAGCUUUUUGCAAAGAUUUUAAUGAGAGAACCAAAGAUAUCAAAGAAGGAAUUCCAUUGCCUUGUCGAGUACGAGUGACCUCUGACCGCACUUAUGACUUGGUGAUCCACAAGCCACCAGCAACUUUUUAUUUAAAGCAAGCUGCUGGAAUUCAGCGUGGUGCAAUGCACUCUGGUCAAGAAGUAGCUGGCAAAAUAACAUUGAAACAUUUGUAUGAAAUUGCUAAGAUCAAAUCUGAAGAUCCUUCUAUGGCUUUAAUGGAUUUGAAACAAAUCUGCCAAAUGUUUGUUGGUGUGGCUCGUAGUUGUGGAAUUCGUAUUGUACGUGAAUUAGAUCCUGUAGAAUAUGGCCAAUUUUUGGAAGAACGAAAAUUAGUAAUCGAAGAGCAAAAGCGAGAAUUGCAGGAAAAGAAAGAAGCUAGAAUGCUUCGAACAGCAUAGUCACGUAGUUACUAUAAAUUUACUGAACACUUUAAGCUGUAGAAAUUAAUUUACAUAAUUCAAAUACAAAAAUUACAUG